AGCGCACAGUUCACCGGGGGAGAGGAGCCACCUGUUAGAGACGGAGCAGCAGGAGCAGCAGAGUUUUCUUUGCUUCUACGCACUUGACUGGCCUCACACGGCGCCACAUCCCACUGUCUGGUGGGACCAUGUGGGUUCUGGAUAAGAUCCGCGGGUCGGUGGAGACCGGCAUGCUGCGACAGGGAGAGAACGGGGACAAGAAAGGCAUGGCCCCGACUUACAGCAACGUCCUCACUCCAGACAAGAUCCCAGACUUCUUCAUUCCCCCGAAGCUGAUCAGCUGCCCCCCGGAGCCCGAGCUCCCUCACUUAAAACCCAAGGAGGGGCUGCAGCCGUCCAGUUCAGAGCACACUAUCGGCAGCGGCAGGAAGAUCAGCAGCCCGAGGAGUCCUCGUCUGGUGGCCAAGAUCACAGGAGACACCAAGAACUUGCUGAGAUCAGCAAACCGCCACAUCAUACAGAUAGAGAGCGCUGAUGACGUUGUGGCUGGAGACACCAAUGCAGACCCCCAGUCACAGACAGCUAUGUCCCUGCCUUACGUUCCCAAGACCCAUACAUCGUACGGCUUUGCCACCUUGAAGGAAAGCCCCCACACCCGCCGAAAAGAAUCUCUGUUUCACUGUGAGCUCACCAGUCCCAUCACCUCCCCGAACAUACAGAGGAAGACCCCAGGGAAAAGCAGUGAAUCAGGGAACCACCUGAAUCCAGCUGAUUUCAACACCUCUCACAUGAAUCCAUAUCGUUACUUCAGCGGUGGGGAAAGUGAUACCUGCUCCUCGGCCGAGUCCUCACCCUUCAGCUCUCCUCUGCUCUCCCGCUCCGCGUCUCUGCUCAAGAUCUUCACCCACGAGACGCAGGCCAAGGUCGUGAAGGCCAAGCGGACGUUCGCUCGCCACAGCUCCCUCUCCACCGACGAGUGCAGCUCGGCCGAGCCCAGCCCCAACAUCCAGCGGCGGCUCCACGUCCCUUCCUUGCAUGGCGGCGCCGGAGCAUCCGACCACGGCCUCCAACAAGAGCACACCAUCAACCUGCACAAAGGAGGCACGGUGAGGAUCAUGGCCAACUAUGACUCCGGCACGUCGCGCCUGCUGAUCCGCGUCCUGGCGACGGGGAGUCUUUACGACAAGCACUUUGACAUCAAGAGCAUCAACUGCUGCGUGUCUGUCUACCUGAACCCGGGCAAGCUGCAGAAGCAGAGGAGCAACAUCAUCAAGAACAGCCGCAACCCGGUCUUCAAUGAGGACUUCUUCUUCGACUCCAUCAGCUCGGUCCAGGUGAAGAACCUGUCGGUGAAAUUCAAGGUGGUGAACAAAGGCACCAGCCUCAAGAGGGACACGCUGCUGGGGGAGCGAGAGGUGGCGCUGACGAAGCUGCUGUCAGGACUUUAAAGCUGCAGGAGCUGGAGGUCGGAGGAGGCACACACCAAGGAUGCUGGCUGAAACUUAAAUUUGAUUUUUGCACUGGUUUCUUUAAAAUCUGCUCUUUUUAUUCGGAUCGAUUUAAUCACUGGGCACAAAGGGAGAGGAAACAGGAAGAGGACAGAUGUUGUUAGAAGAGAGGCUCUGAGAUCUGAAGAAAUUGGAGUCUCUUGAUAACCGUGGUCCACAUGCAGGAUUUAUCGGGGUAGAUUUUGGCCUGGCUCCUUCUUUCAAACAUGAAAGCUCAUUAAAUCAUCUAGGCUCACUAGCGACAGAUGAAAGUAGUUUUUUCCGGACAUGUCUCCCAGCCAACUUCCGUCAAAAGGUGGGACAACACCUGUGCAUCAGCCUGUGUCAGUGUCCUCUCGUGCACUGGGUUCCCGAUGCGUGGCAUGGUUUUAUAACUGUAACUCGGCAUAAAUCCACAGCGGCACAGGACAAAUGGAGUCUACAUGUGUUCGGCACAAAGAUGCCAUUGUGAAUCAGUGUGAGCUUUGAAGUGGUACUACAUCCUGAUGUGCAAAUGAUCCUUUGAUCCCAGUAACCAUGGUCCACAUCCUGCAGGGGAGGGGGGGAGCAAAGCAGUCACGAUAAUCUAAUUCACAUGCCCCCAAAAUGUAAUUAGAGUCCAAUUGAAAAUGCAAGCUGAAGAUUGCAU